AUGGGUCUUUUCAAGAAAUCCGACGGCGACGAUGACUCUAACCGCAGAGCACUCUUCGGCUCGCGAAAGAAGGACAAGAGCCCCUCGACCCCCUCCAACCCUUACGCCCAACCAAUUCCAGUAGACCCUUACACAAAAGCCAAGAUUGGCGCUGGUGUUGCCCCCUUACCUGCCGACCACCCAGCCGCCAACGGUGGCCCCGCGUCGCAGAGCCCCCACUUCAUCCCCGCCGACAACAAGUACUCCGCCAACAAAUACGGAAAUCAAGGCGGCUACGGUAGUGACCGAUUCGGCGGAUCCGGCGCAGGCGCCGGCUCUCCAGCCAACGGCUUGGGCUCGGGCUCGCGGUAUGGAAACGGUGGCUACGGAGGUCUGGGCAGCAGCGAUCCCAAUGAUCCCGCGGCUGCAGACUCUGCUCGCAACGAGCUGUUCGGCAGUGCCAACAAGAAGUCACCGGACAACUCGGCCGGUUCGCCGCCGCCGUACUCCGAGGGUCAAGGUGGUCAAGAACAGAACAACUACGGUGGCGGCAGCAACGAAUACAGCAUGGCGACCUUCCAGGAUCGACAGCUGACCGCUGAAGAAGAGGAAGAAGAGGAAGUUCAGGCAACGAAGAACGAGAUGCGCUUCGUGAAGCAGGGUGAUGUUGCGUCCACACGAAAUGCACUCCGAGCUGCCGCACAGGCCGAAGAAACCGGUCGCUCCACUCUGGCCCGACUCGGUGCACAGGGCGAGUCUAUCCACGGCACGGAGAAGAGUCUGGACAUGUCGGCUAUCGAAGGCCGUAUUGCGGAGGAUAAGGCGAAGGAGCUCAAGACCCUCAACAAGAGCAUGUUCGCUGUGCACGUGGCGAACCCGUUCACGGCCUCGCGCCGUCGGCGCGAGCGCGAUGAGAAGAUCCUUAAUACACACCGUGAUGAUCGUGAUACCCGCGAGGGCACACGGAUCGAGGCACACCAGACUAAUCAGCGUAUGGACCGGGUGUUCCGUGAUAUUGAUCGUGAUGCGGCGAAGCAGGGCAAGGGCAAGAAGGCGAGUGUCACCGAGCGUGCCAAGUAUCAAUUCGAAGCGGAUAGCGAAGACGAGGCAUUGGAGGACGAAAUCGAGCAGAACUUGGAUCUGCUCGGGGGUGCUACUGGUCGGUUGAACGGUCUUGCUAAGGCUACUGGCAAGGAGCUGGACGAGCAGAACAGACAUCUGGAGCGUAUCAUGGGCAAGAGCGACUACGUCGACGAUCAGAUUGCCAUGAACCGGGCCAAGCUGGACCGGAUUCGUUAG